UUUGGUUACCCGCUCGUUUCUCUCUCUUCUCCUCAUCUCCAUUGCGCGCCUUAAAUACCCCAAAUUUUGUACUUAAUUCUUUUUCCCUUUUAAUCUCAAAAUUCCAUGAGUUCCUUUGCCCCAACAUCUCGACAAAUGGGUUUUCCGAUCUAUACCAAAAGACCACAAGGAUUGAUCUAUGGAAUUCCCAUUAUGAGAGAAUGGAAGAAAAUUAUAGGAGGUUGAAGAAGAUAAACAAGAAGUUGAGAAGGGAGAUUAGGCAGAGAAUGGGUGGAGACUUGAAUGAACUUAACAUUAAUGAACUGCAAGCUCUUGAAGCUAAAAUGGAUUCUUCUUUGCUAGCUAUACGUGAGAGAAAGAGCAAGGAGUGUUUAGAGAAAGUUACUCAAACAAUAUCUUUUCUUGCUCAACCACGAGAAUCUCACUUGCUUUUGCUUACGGGAGAGGUGCAGAGGGAUAGAGCUGCAGAGCUUUUGGGUUUGCGUGCAUGCAAUUUUUGGCCACGACACUCAAGCAAACUUGGAAAUGAGUUUCGGGUGUUCACAAACUAUGACCCUGGGGAGAGAUUAGGAGGAUGGGAGCAAGAAUAAUAGGUGCCUUUUUCUUGCCAUCGUUUGCUAGGAAUAUUUUCUCAUGGAUGAGCUUCAUGCAACCUAAUUUUUAUCCAUUAUCAAGGCAUUUCCAACACUUACCCUUGGAAAAAUAAACCAGCUUUUCUGCUAAUUUUCCCAGAGAAAACAUGCAGAUGAGAAAACUUCCAAGCAAGUUCAUCCUCAUAUUAUGCAUUUUGGUCUACUUUUUUAAACUAGUGCAAUUUUCCUCACUUGUGUAGAUUUUGUAAUACAUAAAACUAUUUAAGGUUGUUUAAAGUUGUACUGACUCAUGCCUACUCAUUGCCAUUUUGAAAUGUAAUUAGGAAGUUGUUCCAAAACGCACAAUAUAGAUGGAAGAAGCCAUACAAGUUUCUCAUAUGUAUUAUUUAUUUUAGUUUUGAUUCUAAAUUUUUAUUUUUACUUUAAUAUUUACGACAACUUGAGUUCUAA